GUUUACUAGAAGCACUUGACCUCACGUAUACAGUGAUUGUCUGAUACGAUUUCGGAACACAGUGAGCAUUGAUCACUUCCAACAUACGCUAGCAAGCUGCGUUCAUAUCCUAAAGCCAUCUUCGCCUCUUCCUAUCCUAAGCGCUAAAAUGGUUGGCAAAGGAACCAAUCCGCCUGGGUGGAAAGCGUUCAUGGCAAGCACUGCCACCUGCAAGACAAUUGAGGAGCGCAUCGCGCUCGUAAAACCGAUCAUCGAGCAGGUGCACACAAUUUUCGAAGAGCAAUCUACGCAGUCGCCAGGGUCACAGAAGCUGUUCACGGCAUUGGGUGUCGGAGCUCUGAACAACACCGUUACCGGUCUUGACCCCGCGUCGGCCGAUUCGCAUCGACAACUGCUGGCUGUAAACGAUGUCAUCACUGGUGGUGAUCCUCGCCUGGCUGUUGUGCUGCUUGAGCACAACUUCCUGCCAUCCCUGCUCCGCCUCCAUGAGCGCAUCGCCGACAUGUCCCACCGGCUCAGCCAAACCGUGGUGAUGCUGGUCUGCUCCUGCACCAUGGUCAGCGGCUCCCUCACCUCCAGCCAACUGGAGGCGCUGGCGGUGCGCCCCGAGCUACCUCAGCUCCUGCUCUCCCACAUCAUCUACCUCUCCAUCCACCCGCAAGUGCUGUUGUCCCCGGCGGGCAUCGGCACCGCGCAGCGCUGCAUCCAGGUCUGCUGGGAGCUCACCCGCACCUCCUCGCAGCACAGCAAGGCCUUCCGCGAGCUUCUGCUGCAGGUAGACGCCGCCGCGCGGCUCAUGCUGAUCUCCACGCUAGCGGCUGGAAAGGGCAGCGGCGGCGAAGCCGCCGCCGCCGCUGCCUCCGACGCCGCCGCAACUGCGGAGCCGUCGGCUGACGCGACCCUCGGCGGCGUAGCUGCGCUGGAGGAAGCCGGCAAGGACAAGCCUGCUGACGCUGACGCUGCUCCUGCUCCUGCUCCGUCCUCCUCCGACGCCAGCAGUGCUCCUGCUGCUCCCUCCUCCGACCCCGCCACGGCCCCUGACCUGUACGAGCAGCGGCUGGUGCUGGCGGCACAGGCCAGCAGCCUGGUGGCAAACCUGGCGGGGCUGGGUGACCGCAACUUCAACCUCACCACGGGUGGGCUGGCGCCGCUGCGCGCCUGGCUGCUGCGGCCGGGCACCCUGGGCGCGCUGCGGCCGCUGCUGGAGCGGCUGGUGGAUGGGCUGGCGGAGGUGCGGGCGCGCAUGGAGGCGCAGGAUGCGGAUGCGGAGGCGGAGGCUGCAGCGGAGGAGGCGAUGGCGGUCAUGCAGCUGGAUGAUGCGGACCUGAGGCCGGCACGCCUGCCGAGGCGGAGGAUUGUGGCUCAGGUGGAGGGCGCGCUGCGCAACCUGCUGACGGUGCUGGGCAUGCCCACCAUCGUGAUGGGCACCAGCGAGGCGGACGUGGUGGAGGCGUGCGGCUUCGUCAUCCGACACAGCUUCGGCAUGUUCACGGAGGGCUACGUGGACACCUUCCGGGCCCUCCGCGCCGCCGUCAGCGACCCGCUGCCCGCCGGGGCCGCCAGCUCCGCCCCUGCCGUGCCCUUCAAGGAGCCCUACCCCGGGGCCUACGGCCAGUACUUCCGCGCGUACGCGGGCCACAUUGAGACCGUGGUUCCGGCGCUGGGAGUGCAGCUGGAGGAGUGGGGCGUGCGGUUCACUGGGGAGCAGGCGGCUCGGGACCUGCCGGUCAUGCAGGUGUCUGAGGGUGUGGACGCCCGCAGCGCGCAGUCCUGGCUGAAGGACCAGAUCCAGGACAUCGUCAACUGGGGCCACGCCAUGAUGCAACUGGUGCGCAUGGCGGACCAGGCCGCGGCGUCCAACAAGACGCAGCAGCAGCAGGAGCAAGGUGACCAACAGCUGCAGCAGCUGCAGCAACAGCAGAAGCAGCUGCUGCAGCAGAUGGGGGCUGCAGCCAAGGGGCACUGUGCGGCGUGCGGUGCGGCGCCGCCCGCCGGCGGGCCGCCCUUCCAGUCUUGCAGCCGGUGCAGGGGCGUGCGGUACUGCUCGCGGGCGUGCCAGAUUGGGCACUGGACGCAGCACAAGGCGGAUUGCCAGGCCAGGACGGCGGCGGCUGCAGCGGAGACGGGAG